UAGAUGGUUGAGUGCUAUGCUUAUACACCCACACCAGUUCCUCCACCACAACUGCAAUAUAUUUCCAUAUUGUUGGUACUAUUUACAUUCUGGGUAUUUAUUGAAUUACGGUGCGGAAAUCGCCGCAACUUUCGAUUGGUCUUGCCUGCUCGACGUUUAGUUUGUUCUAGGGUCGGCUCUUCUGGCCUGCGGUUGUUGUUGGCAGUGGGUAGAGUGUGUAGAAAGAGACUUAGCGGACCUUCUGCAUGAAGAAUAUUAUGCUGUCUUAAGAACGGAAGGUAGUAGCCAAUGUACUGAAGAUUUAAGCAGGGCAGGAAGAGACAACAUGGAGCCAGAAGCCAAAGGAAUUAAGCAAACCAAAGAUGUAGAGGAUCCUGCAGUCACUCUUUUCAGAGAAUAUCUCAGAAUUCGAAGUGUCCAUCCAGAGCCAGAUUAUGAUGCCGCUCUGACAUUUCUGGAGCGUGAGGCAGGAAAACUCGGAUUGGCUUGCAAGAAGGUGGAGAUAUGUAGGGGUUCUGUUGUCACUGCAGUUAACUGUAUAGGUUACCGCCCCUCCCACAAGAGUAUAGUAAUCUCUUCUUUGACAAUCAUAUUGCCAAAGUAUGAAGAGUUUUGGAACACAGACCCCUUUGCAGCUAUCAAAGAUGAAUCUGGUAAUAUUUAUGGCAGAGGAACUCAGGAUAUGAAAUCUGUUACUAUACAGUAUAUUGAAGCAGUACGACGUCUAAAGGCAUCUGGAAAGAGCUUUUCUCGAACCAUUCACAUGGUUUUUGUUCCAGAUGAGGAAGUUGGUGGAGCUGAUGGAAUGGAAUUAUUUGUUGGACGACCGGAAUUUAAGGCCCUUAACAUUGGAUUUGCUUUAGAUGAAGGUAUUGCUAGCCCUACUGCAGACUUCACUGUUUUCUACGGAGAGAGAAGUCCAUGGUGGAUUACAGUAAAGUGUACUGGGAAUCCAGGCCAUGGUUCAAGAUUUAUUGAGAAUACAGCAGCAGAAAAACUGCAUAAAAUCAUUACAUCUUUUCUGGAAUUCAGACAGAAGGAGAAGAACAAAUUAGACAGUGAUCCAUCGAUGACUCUGGGUGAUGUCACUUCUGUCAAUCUAACAAUGCUGCAAGGAGGGACUUCCUAUAAUGUUGUCCCUGCAGAACUAACAGCAAGUUUUGACCUCAGGAUACCUCCUACAGUAAACUUACAGGCAUUUGAAGACCAGAUUAAGACUUGGUGCCAAGAUGCAGGAGAUGGAAUUACAUAUGAAUUUGCACAGAAGUUCAUGGGCGCAGGUGUAACAUCAACAGAUGAAUCAAGUCCUUGGUGGAAGGCUUUCAGUGGUGCCUGUAAGAAGAUGAACAUGGUGCUGAAAAGUGAGAUUUUCCCUGCAGCAACAGACAGCAGAUUCAUUCGAGCUGCUGGUUUUCCAGCAAUCGGAUUCUCCCCAAUCAACAAUACGCCUGUUCUGCUCCAUGACCACAAUGAAUACCUCAAUGAAGAUGUCUUCCUGCGUGGAAUUUCUGUCUAUGAGAAUAUAAUUUCUGCUCUUGCCAGUAUUCCUGCACUUCCUGAUGAGGCUUAAGCGUGGAAGAAUCUGGAAGAUGAGCAGACAAAGUGCCACAGCAUAGAGCAGUUAAAAUGCAGUUUAAUCAUUAGAAAUGAUGUGUCAUUGUUAUAGUUGCAAUUAGCAAUAAUUUGUAAAUUUAUGCUUUUGACACAAGCAGACAGAUCAGAAAGAGUGAUUUGUGAUUUCUAAGUAAUAACUGUAUCAUGCCGUGCAUGAUUUUCAUUUGAAAGCAGGAACUGGAUUUCCUGUUUGUCAUGUGUGGCUGUGUAGAAUUUUCUUGGUACUUUGCAAUCAGCUAAGCACAGGUAACAUAUUGAAUUUACAUAAGUAACACAUAAGCUGUAAUGAAUUAUUAUAUGCAUGUAUACUAAAUUUAUAAAGGAUAUAACUAUAACUUAUUGUAAAAAAAAGUUUUGACUAAAACUCAGUACAAUAACUAAAAUAGUUUAAAAUGAAAAUGCAUAAGAGGUGCAAUUUUACAACUGUUUAAAGCUUCUGUUUUCAGAAGUAUUUUUCAUAUCAGCAAACAGUUCAUUAGCUGCUCUUGGAGCAAAACUUGACAAAAAAGAUCUCUAUUGAUUAGCUUUACUCUGUAGUAAGUAAAUAUACAUUAAUUUUUUUGUGACUUAGUUUUUACAGUUAUCUACUCUCCCUGCUUUAUUGGUUCAUUUAGUGCCACAUAGUUCAGCAUGUUAAUAGAGUUUAGAUACUGCCACUAUUUUAUGGCAUAUUUAUUUUUACCUGUCACAUUUGAUAGUUUUAAAGGCAUUGUUUGUUGCUUUUUAACAAAAGGUACAAUUUAGACCUUAAAAUUAAUGGUCUUUGUAAAGGUUGUUCCUGGCAGUUCUUUAAUAAGAUAGAAAGUAUUAUUGACCAUACUGCCUAAGUACUGCCCACAAGUACACCACUUACUGUGGUCAGUUAUUUAAAAAAAGUGAUCAGUCUGAGAUUUAUUUGUCCCUCCAGUCUUCGUGCUACACCACAUUAUAGGAGUUUGUCUGCAUUUCUGUAACUGACAGUUGCUUCACUGUUUGUUCUUCGGCUGCCCAGUUCAGAUUUAGUCAGUGUAGUUAUUUGUACACAGUUGUGCUUAUUGCAGUAAAAUUUAGAGAGAAUAAUUGUCAUAUUUAUAAUUAUAUAGUUAUGUCUGGUUCCUAGUCUAAUUUAAAAACACCAACAAUUGUGCUCAGUUAAAAUAGUUGUGCCACUUGAUAGUAAUGGCUACAGUGGAAGUAGAUCAUAAUCAUUUAAGAUCAGAAUGCCAUAGUUUAUCUGAUAUUAUUUAAUCUUGUUCAAAAUUACCUCCAUCUGUCAGAAACAGUUCAGAAAUUUAAAGGUAAGAAUAGAGAGAGCUCCUGCUGCAGAAUGUAGUGGGGUAAAAUACUUGAUUUUUCAUUUGAGUGUGGAGAGUAGCUGCUAUUAGGGUCAUUUAUUCAUGUGAACAAAUUUUAUUAAAAGAAAAAAAUAAUUACAUAUA